AGAUCCGCCAUCUGCUUGUGAUUUUGUUUGCAAUGAUGGAACUGAGUUGUGUAUCCCAAGCUACCAAGUGUGUGAUUUUGUCAAUGACUGCGGCAACAGUGCUGAUGAAGUGGAUUGUGGCCAUAUAUGUACAUUUGAAGUGGACCAGUGCAACUGGGGUCAGAGUAGUGACAGUGAAUUCUACUGGCAGAGAUACAGAGGUGCUACACCAACAGAGAACACAGGCCCAGCUUACGAUCACACUUUGCUAACUGCUUCAGGCUGGUACCUGUACGUAGCUGCUGGAAAUGGUGCAAGCUCUGCCUACGCCUCCUUGUAUGCCCCAGAAUACCACAACUCAGCUGCCAGCUGUCAAGCCCAGUUCUGGUACCACAUGAAAGGCGACCCCAUCGGUACCCUACGCGUCUACUUGGAUGAACAAUACUAUCUUCUAGUUCCGUGGCAGAUUAGCGGUGAUCAGGGUGAUAGGUGGAACCUAGCCUCUGCCCCACUUGGAAGAAUAACAGGAACAUUCAGGGUUUGGAUCCAAGCUGAGAGGAGCUUUGAUACCUUAGGUGAUAUAGCCAUUGAUGAUAUAUCAUUUUCUAGAUGUGCACUUCCAGCCGUUGGUGAUGGAACUUGUUCAAGCAAUCAAUUCCUGUGUACUAGGCAGGCUUGUAUUGAUGAGACUCAUGUAUGCGAUUUCUCUGAUGACUGCGGUGACUAUUCUGAUGAGGCUUCAAGUCUCUGUACCAAUUAUGACAGAUGUAACUUUGAGCGUGGUUUCUGUGAUUGGACACAACUGAAAACCGAUGAAUUUGAUUGGUCAAGAACUAGGGGUGUUUCAGAUGAUGGCCUUGCCACUGGACCACUCAGAGAUCACACAGUUGGAACAUCAUCUGGUUUUUACCUCUACACCGAUGCCAGCUCUCCAAGGGUCAAAGGUGACAGAGCCAAACUUGCCAGUCCUAUCUACAAGAGAGUACAAAAUCCUGGAAAUUGCCAUUUCCGUUUCUGGUUCCAUAUGUACGGUGAGAACAUUGAUACCUUGAAUGUGUAUAGCCGAAACGCCGUCAACGGACCAGUGACCCUACUGUGGUCACGGUCUGGACAUGUUGGAGACUACUGGGAAAGAGUUGACCUUGACCUAAGGAGUAACAAUGACUUCCAGAUUGUAUUUGAAGGUAUCCGAGGUAAUGGACCCAAUGGGGACAUAGCCAUUGAUGAUACUUCAUUUACUCCUGGUUGUCAGAGAGCGUCCGGGUCUUUACCAAUCAUGACAACGCUGGCAGUUCCUACGGGACCAACGAUAGGACCUUGUGGCUCCGGACGAUGGCAGUGCGGAAGUGGAGAAUGUAUCUUUACUGGUCAAAUCUGUGAUUGGAAUGUUGAUUGUUCAGACAAAUCUGAUGAGGCCGUGUGUGGUCCAUGUGAUUUUGAGAGUGGAAUGUGUGGUUACGCUGAUGUCAGCACUGGAUAUUACGAAUGGCAGUUUCAACUAGGUGGAGACACUGAAGCACCCUCUACAGACCAUACCACCGGUAGUUUUAGUGGGCACUAUAUGAAGGUCGCUCCCGGCAAUGGUAUAUUUAUGGCGUCAGCUUACCUGCGCUCACCUGUCCUACCUGGCAGUAGUGAAGAUUGUAUGCUGACCUUCUGGUAUAUCUACUCGGUGACUACGGAUGACUUUGAAUUCAAUAUUCAGGUAUUGGAUGCCAGUGAUGUUAGCAACUCUUACUAUGUGUGGUACCCAGUUGGUAAAACAGGCACCGUGUGGCAGAAGGCUUCAGUAGGCCUAGGAAGAAUCAAUAUGAAUUUCAUGACUUCUUUUGAAGGUUACUUAGGAGAUGUAAUUGACAUCAUUGCUGUUGAUGACAUCACAUAUGAAGGUUGCUCAUUGGGUGAUUUUGUUGGUCCAUGUGAAUUCCAGUGCAGCAAUGGACUCUACUGUCUGCCUAACAGUUUUCUGUGUGACUAUAGUGAUGAUUGUGGUGACAAAUCAGAUGAACAGAGUUGUGCGGCAUACAUAGAAAGAUGUGACUUUGAAACAGAAUUGUGUAAUUGGAGCCAAGAUUCAGAUGAUGACUUUGAUUGGACUUGGAUAUCUGGUGAAGUGGGCGGUCAAGGAGAGGCACCUGAUGUUGACCAUACAACCAAUACACCAUAUGGUAAAUAUUUGUACCUUGAAACUGAGUUUUCAAACACAGAUGAGAAAGCUAGGCUGAGUAGUAAGGUGUUUGAUCCAGUACCAUCAGAGAAGUCAUGUCUGAUGCGUUUCUACUAUCAUAUGUACGGAUCAAACGUCAACCGACUGACAGUGUACAAGCGAACGUCACAAACAGACUUCCCAACCAGUAUGUGGAGCAUGACAGGAUCGCAGGGAGAUGCAUGGCUGAGGGCAGAAGUUGAUUUCACAAUGGGUACAAAAUUCCAGGUUGUGAUUGAAGGUGUUGGUGGUCCUGGCCGAUUUGAAGAUGAUAUCGCUAUCGACGACAUAUCAUUCACACCCGACUGCAGCUUGGAUCCAACAAACACGCUUCCAAUAACCAUUACUCCAACAAGUGGUCCUAACUGUACCGCUGGAUACCAACCAUGUAAGAAUGGCACAUGUCUACCAUACACAGACUUCUGUGAUUUCAAACAUGAUUGUUAUGAUGGAUCAGAUGAAGAAGAGUGUCCCUCUACUUGUAGUUUUGAAUCUGGGCUCUGUGGCUGGUCCCAGGUAGAUAGUGACGAUUUCGAUUGGUCAAUUAAAGAUGGUACACCUCCUAAAGAUUUCAACGGUCCAGUCAAUGACCAUACAUACAACAGUCCUAAAGGGGUGUACUUGUAUGUCGAUGGAACUACCACAAGACCAGAUCAGCGUGCCAAACUUAUCAGUCCUCUCUACCGAUUGGCUGGCCUAGAGUGUGAGUUCAGCUUCUGGUACUACAUGUUCGGUGUUGAGUACGGCGACCUUGAGACCUAUAUAAAAACCACUGACAAGGAUAGGCAACUGGCAAAGGUUUCUGAUGGCCUACCAGACUACAAUGUAUGGCAGAAAGAAGUGGUGAAGAUCGAUCAAUGUACAAGAGAUUUCCAAAUUUACAUUGAUGCAGAAGAUCGACUUGUAGCUUCAAUAUCAAAUGGUUUCGCAAUUGAUGAUAUAAGAUUUGAUAACUGUGCAUACAAGCUUCCACCAGAGAUUGGUCAGUGCUUGACCGAUGAACGUCAGUGCAGCAGUGGACAUUGUUAUCCCCUCUCGGCAAAAUGCGACUUCAAACCGGACUGUUGUGAUGAAACUGAUGAACAAAACUGUCAGGAUUAUCAUCAAUGCAAUUUUGAGUCUAACAUGUGUGAUUGGGAACAGCUUACCAGUGAUGAAUUUGAUUGGACAAGACACCAAGGCUCCACGGGUUCAAGUUCUACUGGGCCUGAUAGAGAUCAUACGUUGGAUUCAUCAUCAGGCUGGUACCUUUAUAUUGAAACAUCUAGUCCAAGAUUGAAUGGAGACAGAGCAAAGAUAGCUAGCUAUGUCAUUGACAAAAUAGUACACUGUUCUCUGCGCUUCUGGUAUCACAUGCGAGGAGACCAUAUCGGCACCUUGAAUGUCUACACCCGUACGAUGGUUAAUGGUCCAAUGAAUUUGGAAUGGAGUAUGGGAGAAGAUAAAGGCAAUUCUUGGCACUUUGCAUCUAUUGUUGUCAAUAGCAGAACUGAAGACUUUCAGUUUGUAAUUGAAGGCGUCAGAGGUUCGGAAUACCAAGGGGAUAUUUCAUUGGAUGAUAUAUCUUUCACUCCUGACUGUGAACCUGCGGCAGAAGAUUUGCCUGUUAUGACAACACCUGUACCUACCAAAAUCACUACAAUGCCAGAUGUGUGCCGGAAUCCGUUGAAGUUCCAGUGCCGUGACUAUACAUGUAUUGACAAAGAACAGCGAUGUGAUUUCAAGACACAGUGCCCAGACAGAUCAGAUGAACUUGGGUGUCCAACGUCUUGUACUUUUGAGGAUGAUAUGUGUGGCUAUGUUGAGCAGACUGAUGAUAAAUUUGAUUGGCACCGAGCCAACGGAUUGGAUACAGUGUCCACGCCAGGUGUUGCCCCCAGAAAUGAUCACACAACAAGUGGAAAUAGAGGCUACUAUUUAUACGUGGCACCUUACGGGCAAACAUCACUUGACCAAGUUGCUGAUAUCGUCGGACCACAAUACACGUCCGCUUCAGACGACUGCCGAAUCAGUUUCUGGUACAUAAUCACAGGAACCAAUACUGGGAGUUUGAAGCUCUCGAUACUUGACCCGGAAUCUUUUGACGAGACUCUUCUGUUUUAUGAACGAACUGGCCGCGGUAGUGAAUGGGUACAGAUGACAGUAGGUUUAGGCAGACGAAAGGAUCCAUACAGACUACGCUUUUCAAAGGAACGUAACAUCAACUACCAGGGAAUAAUAGCAUUGGAUGAUGUUGAGUUCUUCAACUGUCACCUACCAGACCCUGUGCCAUCCUGUGAUACCACCAAGUACUUCUGGUGCGACAACAAAGCUUGUAUUGACAAGAACAAAGUGUGCGAUCUUGCUGACAACUGUGGCGAUGGUUCGGAUGAGAAGCUGCAAAUGUGCACAACUUCUUUAUACAAACGUUGUGACUUUGACAAAGACUUUUGUGACUGGACACAAGCAGAAGAAACUGACGAAUUUGAUUGGCUGAGAAACAACGGUCCGACGAACUCUAUUGACAGUGGGCCUUCACGCGAUCACACCACAGGAACCAGUAAAGGCUUUUAUGUGUACAUUGAUCCUGCUAUCAACCAAAACUAUUUGGAAGCUGCAGAACUUCUAAGUAGGAAGUUCCAAGGAGUGGUACUAAGCGGAGACUGCAAGAUGCGGUUCUUCUACCACAUGUUUGGUGACCACAUUAGCACCCUGUCUGUGUCCACUCGUAUCUAUAAAGACAGUAACAGAAAUGAACAACUUGAGUGGUCACUGUCUGGCAGUCAAGGAGACUUCUGGGAAAGAGCCGAAGUGACACUAUCAAGGACUAUAGAUUUUAAGGUUGUGAUCAGGGCCGAUGUAGGUGAUCAAGUACAAGGCGACAUUGCAAUUGAUGAUGUGACAUUCACGCCAGGCUGUGUACCAUCAACAGGUGACUUGCCUAACACUCCACCCACUGUGCCAUCAUUAAGGACCACACCUACACCAACGCAACAUCCAUCCUGUACUCCAUCUGAAACGUUCUGCACACCAGAUAACAAAUGCAUCCCACCGACAUUGCAGUGUGACUUUAAGAACGACUGCUCAGACGGGUCAGAUGAAUUAAUGUGUGUAUCAACAUUUUGUGAUUUUGAAACCGACUUCUGUGGCUGGGAGGUAAGCAACAGUAUGAAGCGGGACACUGUUUCAUUUGUGUUUGUUCGUGGCCAAGGAGCUAGUGCAACCGAUGAUGAUUACAGACCUGGAACAGAUCACACACUUGGCACUCCUUUAGGCUAUUACCUGUAUGCUGAUGGUUCCCCAGGGGACAGGGGAGACACUGCUUAUAUUGGAUCACCAAUCAUACAGCGUACUGGCACAGAAUGUAUACUGGAGUUCUAUUACGUCGUCAGUGGAGCAAAUGUUGGUUCGCUGCGAGUGUACACUGUAUUCGAUCUUGACUUUAAGGAGAGAUGGUUCAUUGGUGGAUCACAAGGCUCCGAUUGGCAGAAGGCUGAAGUUUUUAUUGGUGCUGAAAUUGAAAUUAGAGUUGUGAUUGGAGCAACAAGAGGAGCAACAUUCCGUGGAGAUUACACUGUUGAUGAUAUUAAAUUUAUCAACUGUGCUCCACCAGAAAUUACUGGUGAUGCCUGCAAAUCAACUGAAUUCCAUUGUAGCAAUGACUAUUGUGUUGAUUACAACAAGGUCUGUGAUUACAACAACGACUGUGGCGACAACUCUGAUGAAAGCCAUUGCACUGCUUACCCAGGCCGAUGUGAUUUUGAGUUGAAUUUGUGUUCUUGGCAUCAGGAACUAGAUGACCAGUUUGACUGGACUCUUAGGACGGGCAGUACAGGAACCAUUGGUACAGGACCAACUAAUGAUCACACGCUUAAGUCAAAUAAUGGUCAUUACAUCUAUAUUGACACUUCAUGGCCUCGUCAAGAGAACGAUGUUGCCCGCCUUGGUAGCCCCACAUUCUCUGCGCUAACUGGAUCCAAAUGUAGGGUUCGUUUAUGGUACCACAUGAAUGGACCAGAAGUUGGUAUGCUUUCUGUAUACCGAAGGACGUCAUACACCAGUUCCAACGGACUGGUACAGAUCUACCAUCUAAUUGGAGCACAAGGAGAUUACUGGAAGCUAUUAGAUGUAGCAGUAGGUGAAGUUGGAGUGGCUUUUGAGAUUGUCCUUGAAGGAGUGAAGGGUUCUGGAAACCAAGGUGAUAUCGCUAUUGACGAUGUAUCAUUUACAACAGAUUGUAUAACAGGGGGUGAAGUUCCAGGAUCUCCGCAUUACAAUGACACAAACCUCUACUGUAGCGACGGUCGAUUUGCUUGCGCCACCGGAAAUCAAUGCUACGAAACUUCUCGUCGCUGUGAUUUCAUCUAUGAUUGUUCUGAUGGAUCAGAUGAAAAAUCUUGUGGAACGACAUGUGAUUUUGAGUAUGGCAUGUGUGGUUGGCAGAAUUCAAAGUCUGAUAAUGGUGACUGGACGAUGGGUCAAGGUAGUUCCAGCCGUCUCAACACUGGUCCAGAAGAAGAUCACAACCCUGGAACUAAGCUAGGACACUAUUUGUAUAUUGAUACCAGUACACUGAUUGACAAUGCUAACAAUGAGAAAGCUCAACUCCAGACACUUCCCUACCAUCACUCAAGCUCUAAGUGCAGUCUCUCUUUGUGGUAUCACAUGCUUGGAAGCAGUAUCGGAACACUCAAUGUGUACCUUAAAACCGACAGCAGCUCCAGUAAGCUUUUCUCUGUCUCUGGAGACCAGGGUGAAGAUUGGAAGACAACUGGGAACAUUGAGAUUGGCCAUCAGGAAGACUUUGUGGUCAUUAUUGAAGCUAUUCGCGGUGUCACUAUCACUGGAGAUAUUGCCAUUGAUGAUAUUCUUUUCGCAAGUUGUCCAGUUGCUAACUAUAUUGGAGACUGCCGCAGUGAUGAGUUUACAUGUAAAGAUGGAACCUGCGUUGACCUUGAUCAUGUAUGUGACCUCGGAAAUGACUGCGCUGGUGGAGAAGAUGAAGAUGACUGUCCACUUCAUGAAGGAGAUUGCACAUUUGAGUCACCGUUUGAGCAGAGUUGUAGUUGGAUACAGCUGGAAGGAGACCAAUCUGAUUGGUCACAAGGAAAAACAACCCCAACUCAAGGCACAGGUCCAGACUCCGACCACACACCAAGUUCCAAUGGUGGCUCUUUUCUAUAUGCUAGCUCAGUUGAUCUACAGAAAGGUGACCUUACAUGGGUUGCAACACCAUCUUUCCCAGCUAGUAAGAACAGUUGCAUAAUGCGAUUCUGGUACAGCAUGAAUGGCCCCGACAUGGGAGGACUACGGUUGUAUACCAUGGCAGUUGAUAAUGGCUUCAAACUGCUACAAUGGGAGUUGGUAGGUAACCAAGGAGAUGGUUGGAAGUAUGGAAAGAUCAACAUUGACAACAACCAGGAAUAUCGGGUGGUCUUUGAAGCCAUCACUGGUUAUGGAGAACUCUCUGACAUAGCUAUUGAUGAUGUCACCUUUACAGCAGGCUGUAGAGACCCAGAUGCACUUUUACCAACACAUUACCCCGGACCCUGUGAUUGGAAUCACUUUUUCUGUCCCCGCGACCAAGUUUGCAUUCCGUUGGAUUGGGUGUGUGAUGGAAAGGUUGACUGCCCAGGAGAUCUGGCUGACGAACCAGCGGAUAUCAGUAACUGCCCAAACAAUACCAGAUCAACAGAGGAACCAUUCAAUGGAAAUAAUGAAGCUGUAUUUAUUGCUAUUGGAGUUGUGGCAGCCAUUUUGCUGGUUAUCAUAUUGAUUUUAGUUGCUUAUAUGAUUCUGAAGAGAAAACAACAGAAACGUUUUGGUGACAUUACAAAAAUAGGUAAACCUGGCCUAGACAAUCCCGUGUAUGGAACAGAGUCAUUUGGAGAACCACUUACUGAUUUUGCCAUGAGUGAUGUUGACACGUCCAUGUUUGUAGGAGAACCAUACACACCAGCUGCAUCAUCAUCUUCAUCAUCGAAAACUGGUUUUGACAAUGUACUUUAUGGAGAAGCUGGAAAUGUCAAAAAAAUGAAUGAUGAUGAAACAUUAGCAUAAUAAUAAUCAGAUCAAUUAAAAUGUCUUAUUAAUAAAUUAAAAACCUUAUGAAAAUAAUAUAUUAUUAUAAAAUGUCUUUUAUCUUA